AUGGCCCCCUCAACUACCGUCCCGACCGUCUCGGACAUCGAGGUCCCGGAGACUCUCCUCAAGAAGCGCAAACAAAACGAAAAGGCCCGGGAGGAGCGCUUGACUGCUGCAGUUGCGGCUCGCAAGGCUGCCAAGGCUAAGCGCAAGGUCAUCUUCAAGCGCGCUGAGUCCUACGUGAAGGAGUAUCUCACGAAGGAGAAGGAGGAGAUUCGCCUCAAGCGGGCAGCACGUGCGUCGGGUGACUUCUACGUUCCUGCGCAGGCCAAGGUUUACUUCGUUGUUCGUAUCCGCGGUAUCAACAACAUCGCGCCCAAGCCCCGCAAAAUCCUUCAGCUUCUCCGGUUGCUCCAGAUCAACAAUGGUGUCUUCGUUAAGGUCACCAGGGCUACCGAGCAGAUGCUCCGUCUUGUUGAGCCCUACGUCACCUACGGCGAGCCCAACCUCAAGACUGUCCGUGAGCUGAUCUACAAGCGCGGCUACGGCAAGGUCGACAAGCAGCGUAUCCCCCUCGCGAACAACGCUGUCAUUGAGGAGACUCUCGGCAAGUACGACAUACUCUCCGUUGAGGAUCUCGUACACGAGAUCUUCACUACGGGCCCCAACUUCAAGCAGGCGUCGAACUUCCUCUGGCCGUUCAAGCUCUCGAACCCCACCGGUGGCUGGAGGACACGGAAGUUCCAGCACUUCAUCCAGGGCGGCGACUUCGGCAACCGGGAGGCGAACAUCAACAAGCUCAUCCGCCAGAUGAACUAA